GCAGGCCAUUGUGAGGUUUUGUACCUAUGCGAAUAUGCCUUCCGUGGUUCCAAAUCAAUCACAGAAGAAGCAGCAGAGCAUCGCUAACUUCUUCACAACAAAACCAGCCGCUUCUCCUAAGGUUGCAUCGAGUAGUCAGAUCUCGCCUGCCACACCGUCGAAGGGGUCUUCAAAGACUGCCAACAAUCAUGAAGUUUUGAGUCCGCCAGAACCUGAGCUUGAGAAUUCGCUUGAUCUAUCACGAUUCGUAGUAUCCAAGCGACCUGUAUUGGAGCUUGAUGAUGGCGAAGAAAGCGACGGCGCACCAGUCAACAAACGUCGCAAGCCCAGCUGCAACGGAUCUCGAGCUGGAACGUCACAUGCACAACCAAGCUCAACAAAAGAGGACGUUGCGAUAGGAAUUGGCAAGCAAACGAAUGCUACCGACCGAACGUCCAAAUACCUAUUUACCGGUUCCAACAAUGCUCGGGGUCAUGGAACGGAGAUAAGGCUGGACGAAGAUGAAGCAGUUCGACGGACAAAAGAAAAGCUGCACGAGAAGUUUGUCAGGAAGCUAGGAGGUUCGGCUAGUCUUGCAAUUUUAAAACGUCAGACCAGUGCUGUUCAAGAUGAGCCCAUCGACGACCACUCCACCGAGAAUCAAGAUGAAGAGGAGGACGAUGAGGAAGAAGAGGAGAGUUCUGGGAAAUACCGUGGGAAUUCUCGUCGUCCAGCUAGGAAAACCCCUGGGAAACUCACGCCUCUACAGAAGGAGGUUUUGGAGCUGAAACGAAAAUAUCGGGAUACCCUGUUGAUCAUUGAAGUGGGAUACAAGUUUCAAAUUUACGGUGAGGAUGCGCGCAAGGCCGCAAAAGAGCUUUCGAUCGUAUGCAUACCGGGUAAAUUUAACCUCAAUGAGCAUUUCGACGAAAAUAAGUCUGUGCGAUUUGCGUCGGCAAGCUUCCCUACGCAUCGUCUUCAGGUCCAUGCGAAGCGUCUGGUCCUGGCAGGACACAAGGUUGGAAUCGUGAGGCAGCUUGAGACUGCUGCACUGAAGGCGGUCGGUAGCACAAGAAACAAACUUUUCCAAAGAGGGCUUACCAAUCUUUACACCAAGGGCACCUUUGGCAUAGACGAUGAAGAAAGUCUAGACGGAGAACUGGCAGCUAUCAGCGCGGCUGCGCCCACGACGGGCUUCCUGUUAUGUCUUACGGAGAGUUAUCCCAAGGGCAGCGGAUCUGACGAGAAGGUCCGCAUCGGUCUCAUUGCUGUCCAGCCGGCGACUGGAGACAUUGUGUACGAUGACUUUGAAGACGCGUGGAUGCGAAGCGAGCUCGAAACCAGGCUCUUGCACAUAUCGCCCUGCGAGUUCCUCAUCGUCGGAGAAGUAUCGGCCUCCACUAAGAAAAUCAUCGAUCAUUUAUGUGGUGGCGGCGAUGCUCGCAUUGAAAUGGUAGACAAGCCGAAGACCAUGGCGGCACAAGCAUAUUCCCACAUAACACGUUUUUAUGCGGACAAGAUCAAACCUGAUGGCGAAUCUCUCACCGAGCUGCAAUCGUCGUUGGAGAGUGGUGCACUUUUGGACAAAGUACACAAGCUUUCCGAGAAUGCCACGAUAUGCCUUUCGGCAAUGAUCACGCAUCUGUCAGAUUAUGGACUACAGCAUGUGUUCGACUUGACAAAGUACUUCCAAUCAUUCAGUUCGCGCUCUCACAUGCUGCUCAACGGAAACACACUCGCAAGCCUGGAGAUCUACCGUAAUCAAAACGACUACACCGAAUACGGAAGUCUGUUUUGGUCCAUGAAUCAAACACAAACGCGCUUCGGUCAUCGUCUCUUACGAAAAUGGAUUGGAAGACCGCUGCUUGAUCGAGUCAGAUUGGAUGAGCGCGUGGCUGCUGUGGAAGAGCUUGUGAACGUCGACAACGCUACCAAUCGUGAAAGGAUAGGCAGUCUCUUGCUUAAGACAAAGGCAGACCUCGAGAGAAGCCUUGUUCGUAUUUACUAUAAGCGCUGCACUCGACCGGAGCUUCUAGCAUUCCUGCAGUCUCUACAAACGAUCGCACAGGAGUACGCAGGUAUUACGACCGCGAAAGACACCGGAUUCAACUCUCCUCAACUUUCUGAGGCCAUUCUCUCUCUGCCUUGCAUCUUGGACGACGUUAUACAAUACCUGGAAAGGAUCAACGCGGAAGCGGCAAGAUCGAACGACAAGUACGGUUUUCUGCGCCCGGAGUAUGCGACGGCAGAUAUGAAGAAGCACGAAGCUGGUAUUGUUGCAGUCGAGCAUGAUCUCGAUGAAUUUCGAGCGGUCGCAGCACAGAAGCUGCAACUCAAGAGGCCUGUCGAAUACGCCACAGUCGCUCAGAUUGACUAUCUGAUUGAGGUCGACAACACUCAACUUAGAAAGGUUCCAGCUUCUUGGUCGAAGAUUUCCGGUACGAAAAAGCUGAGCCGAUAUCAUGCGCCCGAGGUUGUGAAAUGGAUCAGGGAGCGUGAUCAACACAAGGAGGCGCUCUCAAAUGCAUGCGACUCGGCCUUUACCGAUCUAUUGUCUGAGAUUUCCCUGCAAUACCAAUCCUUCCGCGACUGCAUUCAGUCGCUUGCAUUGCUCGAUUGUCUCCUCUCGUUGGCCAAAGUUGCAGAGCAACCGGGUUAUUGCAAACCGUGCUUCACUACUUCUCCCGAAGCGAGUAUCUCGAUUACUCGGGGACGGCACCCUAUGGUUGAGAGCAUCACGAGCAGUGCAUUUGUCCCCAACGACGUCAACCUUCACGCAGCACGCAACCGCGCGUUGCUGAUUACAGGGCCGAACAUGGGCGGUAAAUCUUCCUACGUUCGUUCGGUAGCUCUGAUCUCAAUCAUGGCGCAGAUCGGAUCCUAUGUUCCGGCGGAGGCCGUCGAGUUGGGCCUCUUAGACGCCAUUUUCACUCGAAUGGGUGCAGGAGACAACCUCAUGAAGGGUGAAAGCACCUUCAUGGUCGAGGUGGGAGAGACCAGCGACAUCCUCAAACAAGCUACGCCGCGCAGUCUAGUCAUUCUCGACGAGUUAGGCAGAGGCACAUCAACCCACGACGGCGUGGCUAUUGCUCAGGCGGUGCUUGAACAUUUCGUUUCAGAAAAGAAGUGUCUCACUAUGUUCAUCACGCACUAUCAGACGCUCGCGCGCAUGCAAGACUCCUUUGCAAGCGGGGAGCUGCGGAAUGUGCACAUGAGCUUUACGGAAGAAGACGACAAUGUCACCUUUCUCUAUGAAGUUGCGGAAGGCGUCGCUCAUCGUAGCUAUGGCCUAAAUGUUGCGAGGAUGGUUGGGCUGCCUAAGAGUUUACUUGCGGAGGCCAGCAGACGAAGCAAAAUGAUGGAGAUGGAGGAACGAAGACGAAGAGUUGGGUAUCUUGCUGGCCUCACUCAAGAGCUCCGUUGUGGAACUCAAGACGAGUCUGCCAGCUUGCAGAAAUUGAUUCAAGGCAUCGAGGAGCUGUAGGAACUUUGCUUCGGCUGUAUGAUUAUUCUGUGCUGUAGGUAGAACGAUUGCGCCGUCUCGAGUCGAGGGAUCGUCGAAACAUGACGUGAAUGCUAGCAAUGUAAGAGAGUUGGAAGGUGA